CGCAGCCCCGCCCGGAGGGGGCGCGGUCUCCGGUCGCGGCCCGGCCCGGCCCGGCGCGGAGACAGCGCGAUGGCGGCGUCACCGGCGUCGCUGCGUCGGGCCGGCAACGAGGAGUUCCGCCGCGGGCAGUAUGGGCCGGCCGCCGCGCUCUACACCCGCGCCCUAGAGCUGCUGGAGGCCGCAGGGGAGGCCACCUCCGAGGAGCGCAGUGUGCUGCUGGCCAACCGUGCUGCCUGCCACCUCAAGGAUGGCGCCUGCAGCCUCUGCAUCAACGACUGCAGCCGCGCCCUGGAGCUGGUGCCCUUUGGGAUGAAGCCCCUGCUCCGGCGUGCCGCUGCCUAUGAGGCCCUGGAGAGGUACCCGCUGGCCUAUGUGGACUACAAGACAGUGCUGCAGGUGGACUGCGCUAUACAGGCAGCACACGACGGUGUCAACAGGAUGACUAAAGCUCUGCUGGAGAAGGAUGGCGUGAACUGGCGCCAGAAGCUCCCACCAAUCCCCAAGGUCCCUGUUUCUGCCCAGACAAGGUGGAGCAUUCCUUCUGCUGGAGCGCCCUGGGCAAACACUCCUGCAACGGCACCACCAGGAGAAUCAGACCAGACUGCUGCUGACACGGAGAGAGCUCAAACCCUGAAGGAAGAAGGAAAUGAACUUGUAAAGAAAGGAAACCAUAAAAAAGCAGUUGAGAAGUACAGUGAGAGCUUAAAGCUCAAUCAGGAAUGUGCAACUUACACCAACAGAGCUUUCUGUUACCUGACUCUGAAGCAAUACAAGGAAGCAGUACAGGACUGCACAGAAGCUCUGAGGUUAGAUCCUAAAAACGUUAAGGCGCUCUACAGACGUGCUCAAGCACUUAAAGAACUGAAGGAUUACAAAUCAAGUAUUGCUGAUAUCAAGAGCUUGUUGAAAACUGAACCAAAGAACACAGCUGCACUGAGAUUACUGCAAGAACUGAACAGAACGUAGGGUAACCAAGCAACAAGGAAAGCUUUGUUCUCCACCAUGGAAGAAAGCUUGUUCCCUUCUGAUGCUGUUAACAGGGACCAAUCUUAACGCAGGAGUGGUAUUGAAAUCUAUCUUCCACUGCUGCUAAGAUGUAAGAGGUUCUAUGCCAGCACAAUAGAUGUUAAAACACACGAUCUGUAUCAAACUCUUAUUACCUGGCUCUAAGAUCAUUCAGUUUUAAUGACCCUCCCCGAGAGGCAUAUAGGUAAACUUCCCUGGCUGAAGUCAACUUGCCUGUAACUAUUCGUCUCAGGGACUCUUUCCACAUUGGUUUCACUUUCUGAAGAGCUAGAGGGUUUUUUUUUGUCCUUAUUCCAGUGACUGUUUUGCUGCAUUUGUGUUGCUAUUACUUAACUAAGGUUGCUGCAGGAUCUGCUGCAGUUGUCCUGGCACCACAUGCCAUUCUUGCAUCAGAGGCAGUUGUUUGCACAGGGCCCAACUUGUUCCCUCUCUCCCUGGAUGCCUGCUGGCUCUUAGCUGAGUUUCUGCUCAUUAGUGAGACUGGGCAGAUGUUUGCAGUAGCAGCUUUCUUUUAUUUUUACUUAUUCUGCACAUUUAAGAAAACAGCAGCAAGUUAAGCCUGCCUUGUGACACUGUGCACUUCUUUCAGAUUCUGGGUGCUUAAGAAUUUUACAUUUGUUUUUUGUGUUGGUUUUUUAUCUUUGGUUUGUUUUUUAAAAACCACUUCAGCUCCUCUGUGCCUUUUGGAGCAGUUGCUACAGGGUGUUACUGGGCAGAGGGUAUUCAGUGAUGUGGCAGCUGAGGUCUGGCUUACUACUUCAAUGCAUGUUUAUAGUUUUUGAUCUCCUCUUUGUCUGGUAUUGAUGGCACUGACUUAAAAGGGAGAUGAAGAGAUAGUUGGAGUUAAUCUGUGGAGCGUUAAAAAUGGUUCUCAUUAAAGCCAUGUUUAUUUUCA